UUUUGGACUUGGGCCUCGGGGGUCCUCUUUUGACGUCGCGCUCGCUAGCCCACUUCAACUCUCGGUUGCUCUCGCUGCCUGAGGAAUUAAGGGGCCUGAAGAAGCCGUCCGAGGCUCUCGCUCACGAUGUACAGCUUCAUGGGAGGGGGGCUGUUUUGCGCCAUCGUGGGGAACAUCUUGCUGGUGGUCUCCACAGCCACCGACUACUGGAUGCAGUACCGCCUGUCGGGUAGCUUCGCCCACCAGGGCCUGUGGCGCUACUGCAUGUCGGGAAAGUGCCACAUGCAGACAGACAGCAUCGCUUACUGGAACGCCACGCGUGCCUUCAUGAUCCUCUCAGCUAUGUCCUGCUUCGCCGGCAUCAUCGCGGGGAUCCUGUCCUUCGCUCACUUCUCAGCCUUUGAGAGAUUCAACCGCUCCUUCGCUGCCGGCAUCAUGUUUUUUGUGUCAACGCUGUUUGUGCUGCUGGCGAUGGCCAUCUACACGGGGGUGACGGUCAACUUCCUGGGCAAGCGCUUCGGCGACUGGCGCUUCUCCUGGUCUUACAUCCUUGGAUGGGUGGCGCUGCUCAUGACCUUCUUUGCAGGUAUAUUCUACAUGUGUGCCUACAGGAUGCACGAGUGCAGAAGAGUGGCUGGCCCACGUUGAAGGCGAGGCAUGAACGCGUCAUCCAGGGCGUCAAAGAUGACGCCUACAAAUGCUUCCCAGUCGGAAAUACACAAGAGAACUUUAAAAAGCAAUAAAAUUUGGGUUUACCUACGUGCUAAAA